UAGACAGCACUAACUUGGUGCUUUCUGUUUCCUUUUCCAUAUUGGCUACUCGCCAUCUCUCUCAACCUCCUCUGUCUUUCUUCUUAAUCAUAAUCAUUAACAAUAUGGAAUUGGGAAUCGUUGAAACUUCGUCGAGGUUGAUGACGGAUUUCCUCCAGAAAUGUGGUGGCUAUGCUGUUGUUGAUGGCGGCUUCGCCACUGAACUUGAACGACAUGGUGCUGACCUUAACGACCCUCUCUGGAGUGCCAAAUGCCUCAUCAGUUCUCCUCAUCUUGUUAGAAAGGUUCACCUAGAUUAUCUUCAUGCUGGUGCAAACAUCAUAAUAACAGCAUCUUAUCAGGCUACUGUUCAGGGUUUUGUGGCUAAAGGUUUGUCUGAAGAAGAAGCUGAGUUAUUGCUUAGGAGAAGUGUUGAAAUUGCAUGCGAGGCAAGGGAAAUUUACUAUGACAAAUGUACUACCAAAGGUUCUUUGGAUUACAUUGAAAGUGGAAAUAUCUCAAGACGUCCUGUUUUAGUUGCUGCUUCCAUUGGCAGCUAUGGUGCUUAUUUGGCCGAUGGCUCCGAGUAUAGUGGGAAAUAUGGUGAUGCAGUUUCUCUAAAAACAUUGAAGGAUUUUCACAGGAGAAGGUUACAGAUUCUAGCGAAAUCAGGUGCUGACCUGAUUGCGUUUGAGACAAUUCCGAAUAAGCUCGAGGCAAAGGCUUAUGCUGAGCUUCUUGAGGAGGAAGAGAUAAAUAUUCCUGCAUGGUUCUCUUUUAAUUCCAAGGAUGGAAUUAAUGUGGUCAGUGGUGAUUCCAUCCUUGAGUGUGCCUCCAUUGCAGAUUCCUGCAAACGAGUUGUUGCUGUUGGAAUCAAUUGUACCCCUCCAAGUUUUAUCCAUGGACUUGUUCUCUCCAUCCAAAAGGCAACAAGUAAGCCAAUAGUCAUAUAUCCCAACAGCGGCGAGACGUACAAUGCUGAGCUUAAGCAGUGGGUGAAAUCAAGUGGAGUGGUAGUAGAUGAAGACUUUGUCUCAUACAUAGGUAAGUGGCGUGAAGCCGGGGCUUCUCUAUUUGGAGGCUGCUGCAGGACUACCCCAAAUACCAUCAGAGCUAUAAGCAGGGUUCUCUCCAAAUAUCCUUAAAUUUUCUUCAAGUGCUAAAAAAAACCGAGAAGCGAUCAUGUAAAGAUAAAGAAACCGGGAAUAAGAAUCUGAUAAUCCAUCUUUGUUUCACCAAGAGCCUUGUAACCCAAUGCUAAGCCCGGUGGGUGCAUGUAACGUUGUCUUCUCUGUGUAUCUCAAUUAAAUAAAUAAAGUUUCCUCUUUUUUAUUUUUUUUA